GACGACCGACCGCCCACGACGACAACGACAGUCAUUCCCUCGGACAUUCCACAGCCCACGCAGUCAAGAUGCGGUACAUUCACUCCGAGGAGACGCUGCCUAUUCCCGACAAUGUGAAGGUUCACAUUAAGUCGCGCGUGGUGACCGUUGAGGGACCCCGAGGCAAGCUCGUCAAGGAUCUCUCUCAUAUCGCUGUCACUUUCGGCCGCCCCAAGAAGGAUGUCAUCUCGAUUGAGCUGCACCACGGUCACCGCAAGGGUAUCGCUACCCUCCGCACCAUCCGCACCAUCAUUAACAACCUGAUCAUUGGUGUCACCCGCGGCUUCAAGUACAAGAUGCGCUACGUCUAUGCUCACUUUCCCAUCAGCGUCAACAUUGAGAAGAACAGCGAGACUGGCCUUUAUGAAAUCGAGAUCAGAAACUUCCUCGGUGAAAAGUACGUUCGCCGUGUGACUGCCCAGCCUGGUGUUGAGGUCAUCACUUCCCCCAACGUCAAGGACGAGCUCCAGCUCUCUGGCAACUCUCUGGAGGGUGUCUCUCAGAGCGCUGCCGACAUUCAACAGAUCUGCAGGGUCCGGAACAAGGAUAUCCGAAAGUUCCUUGAUGGUCUGUACGUUUCGGAGAGGGGUAACAUUGUUGAGGAGUAAACUUGUCCGUCCAACUUAGGGGUGUUAGCAGGUUGUCUGGGGGAUUUCUUUCGCCUACUUGCCUUGGGAAAGUGAAGCAGAAUAAUGAAAAAAGACUAUGGGUUCCAAAAUCUCUUAACGUGUCCACGGGAAAUGGCUUGUAUUAGCUGGAAAGCGUGGCGUGUAGAAAUGUUCGCCUUCUAUGGAUUGGUUUCAUUUUUCCUUCUUACGCAUGGAAAAAGUUCUUUUUUAAGACUUUAAGACCUUCAUCUAGAGCAAUUCUGAGGCUUGGCUAUUGCACAGUGGUCUAUCGAGAACGAGUACCUUCCCCAGAACUAAAGAAAAAAGAAAUGAACGAUCCCCUCGUUUAUUAUGGAAGUAGUUUGUAAAUGAA